UUUUUAAUCGAGAAAAUGUCAAACAACGAUUUGAAGCCGGACUAUGUUAAGAACUCAAGCAAGUUUCUUGAUAAAUAUGUGUACAUUGAAAAGGUAAAUAACGUGUAUGGGCCUCAAGCAGGAGCUGGCUCAGGAGAUUUCCACAACAAAAGAAAAGAAAGAAAGAGAGAAGCCUACAGAAUUGCCAAGAUGGAUAUGGCUGAGAAAGAAGAUGAAAAACAAAAGCAAAAACACCAGGAAACUAAUGAUAAAUAAACUAGAGAAGGAGCUCAAAGAAGCCCUUACAGAGAAAAAGAGGCUCAAGAGAAAAAUGAAAAAGAUGAAGAGCAAACAGAAUAAGAAGCUUUUUAAAGAAAGGAAUAGAGUCACCAAAGAAGAAGGAGUAGAAGAGAAGAAUAAGAGACAGAAAGUUGAGGAGGAAGAACUGAAGAAGGAACAGAAGGAGGAGAAGGAGGAGCAGAAGGAGGAGAAGGAGAAACAAAAGGAAGAACUGAAAGAGGAGAAGGAAUUUGGAGAUGAUGGAAAUAAGGAUAAGGAGGGGAAAGAGGAUGUUCAGAAGGAAGAUAAGUCUGAAGUUAAUCAAGAUGCCAAGAUAGAACCAGCUGUUUCAUUACCCCCUGCCCCAGCUCUUCCUCCUCAAGUUGUCACAGCAAGUGCUCCAAAUCCAUCUGAGGUAAAGAAGACAGAAUAAUCGAUGCAUUAAGAUUUUUUUAAUCUUGUACUAAAUUUUUAAAAACUCUUAAAGCUCCCAAACUCCAUGCAUCCUAAUUAAAGCCCAGGAUUAUCAAAAAGUU